UCUUCUAGUUUUGAAAAUUUAAUGUAGUUACAGAUUAUUUAUAUGAACAAUUUCAGAAGAAACUGUUUUGGAGUUGUUCUCUUUCACCUUGCCCGUUCCCCUCACUUUAAUGAAAUCUGCCCAAGCUAUAGCUUUACAGUCCAAUUAGUCAAAAGUAGCUAAAGAAUCGAUGAGCCCUGCAAGAGAGAAGGCCAUGGUGGUUAAUUUAGAAUUUAUUAAGGCAAUAGUUAUAGCUGAAGAGGUGUUGUUGCUUGACCCUCUUCACCAGGAAGUUCUUCCGUUUGUGGAUCAACUCAGGCAACAACUUCCUAAUAAAGGCCCAUUUGAGAUCAAUGGAGCAGUAGGUCCUUUUGAGGAACAAGAAAAUGAAAUGAAUGAUUUAACAAGUAGACAUUGGUUACCUGUUCCAAAGGCUGUUGAAGGUCUGCAAUGUGAGCUUCCAUUUGAGUUUCAAGUUCUUGAGAUUGCAUUGGACGUUGUUUGUACAUUCUUGGAUUCCAGUGUGGCAGACCUCGAGAGAGAAGCUUACCCUAUUUUGGACGAACUGGCAAGGAAUGUAAGCACUUUUGAUGUUCUUCAACUUGUGUCAUUUUGA